CAUCUGUACUGGCUGAUCUCUUUCUCUUCCAAUGGGUAGCAGUGCCUUGUGGUUCUUCUUGCCUCUUGAAGUGAUCAUUGCUGUAGCAUGUUGUCUGGGCAAUGUGCUGGUGAUUUGGGCAGUGUGGACAUGUGGAGCCCUCAGGCAGCCCACCUUCUGCUUCAUUGUGUCCCUCGCUGUGGCUGAUUUCCUGGUGGGGUCUGUGGCCAUCCCUAUUGCUGUGCCUUUGGGUAUUGGUAUAAACACCAACUUUCAUGGCUGCCUUUUCAUGUGUGGUGUCAUCAUAAUGCUAGAGGUGGCUUCUGUCAUCUUACUCCUGGCCAUUGCAGUGGACCGUUUUCUCCGUGUGCACAUCCCUCUGACGUAUAAGUCUACAGUCUCUAAAAAACGCUCUUGGAUCGUGGUUGCACUCUGCUGGGUCACUGCUGCAUUGUUGAGUUUUAUCCCCAUGUUUGGAUGGCACAAAUCUUCGGGCGCAGACAGUAUUAAAUGCAGAUUCUUUACUGUUAUCUCCUUUUCAUAUCUAGUUUACUUCAUAUUCUUCAGCUUAUACCUUCCUCCGUUGGCUCUCAUGACAGGCUUGUAUUGUUACAUCUUCCUGACCACUCGAAGGCAGUUAAGAGCAAAUAUAGGUGUGGCUGGUAAGUCCAGCACAUGUUACCAAAAACAACAUAGACUGGCUGCUUCACUGGUUCUGGUCUUAGUUCUCUUUGUUGUCUGUUGGCUCCCUCUGUUCAUCAUGCUUACUGUAGAAUUUUAUGGUCCUAAAUUUAAAGUUCCCUCUCAGGCUUUUGAAUUAGGUGUAUUCUUGUCUCAAGCUAAUUCAGCGGUUAACCCCAUAGUUUAUGCGUUUAGGAUCCCCAAGAUAAAAGAGGCAUGUAGGAAGCUGUGGAGAAGAGUUUAUCAUGACAGAGAACAGCAGCAGAGUGAACAGAGCAAGACACAGAAUAAUACAGACAGAAACACAAACAGCCAUGCAGAAAACACUGGAACAAAAGACAACAGUACAGAAAACAGAAGUGCUACACAGGAGUUGUAAAAACCCUGAUAACAUAUAUGAGAUGCACAAAGACUGUUAUUGACCAUCAAAAUUAUGACUGAUUAUGGUUUUUCCAUCAGUCAAAAGCAAACCUCUGGCACUGUUCAAACAAUUUGUUAUUUUAUCCUAAUAAAAAAAAUCCAAUGCCAUUUCCAGAAAAGUUGGGACAUUUUGUAAAAUGCAACAAAAACAAGAAACUGUGAUUUGUUCAUUAUUUUGAACUUUUAUUAAACUGACAGAAGUACAUAGAAAUUAAGGUUUAAUAUUUUGGCUGAUCAACUUGAUUGUAUUUUCUAAAUAUAAGCAAAUUUUGAAUUGGGACAGGGCACAAUAACAGUGACAAGAUUAUAGAAUUUUCGAGUUACGCCAUUUUGAAACAUUCCACAAUAAGCAGGUUGGUAACAGUCGAGGGAAUCAUGACUGGGUAUAGAAGCAGCAUCCACCAAAGGCUCAGCCUCAGCAAGCAAAGACGGGUCGUAGCUCAACACUGUUGAAAAUAUGUGGGAUGUAUAUCAUGAAUAAUGAAGAGGAGAAUCAGACGAUGACCACAGACUGUUGGCAGCUAAAGUCUUGUAUCAAGCAAGAAUGGCAAAAAUUCUACUUGCAAACCUGCAAAAAUUUGUAUCUUCAGUUCCAGUAAAAACUGUAAUGAAAAGAAAAGGUGAUACUACACAAUGGUAAACAUGCCUCUGUCCCAUGCUUCUGUUUCUGAGUGUGUUGCAGGCAUCAAAUUCAAAUUAUGUUUACAAAAUACACUUAAGUUCUAGAAUAUUGGAAAUCUUCUCUUUGUACUUUU